AUGAAUAGAAAUUUGAAUCAAUUUGAUGAAUUUCAAUCACAAGAAUCAUUAAAUAUUACCUCAACAGUAUUCGAUGAUUAUUUAACAUGUGAUUUUAAAUUAUCAGAUGAUAAUGUUCUUAAUGAUAUUCUCUCAGACUUUGAUAUCAAUACAAACAAUAUUCAAUGUAUUGAUAAUUUAACAAAUGAUAUAAAUUAUUUUCAUACAUCUUCAAAUCUUCCAUCAUCAUAUAAGACUACUUUACAUUCAACAGCAAUUAACAAUAACAUACAAAGUCUUCAAGCAGAAUUUGAUGAAGUACUCUCUCCAGAUGCAUUCAAAUUAGUAAUUGAACAACACCAACAGCAACAAACAAAUAAUGAAUCGCCAUUCUUCUCUACAAACUAUAGUAGUCCAAUAGAUGAUCAUGAAUCUACAUCGACAAAUCCAUUGAAUUAUCAAACAGAUCAAAUCAUUAUUACAAGAAAACCAACAAUAAAUUGUUCUCAAUCAUCUGUUCAAUUUCCUAAAUUAAUCGAGAAAUCUGAUCCAAUUACAAUUACUUUCGAUCAAUUUCAAACAUUAAUACAUGCUAUUCCUAAUACAUCGAAAACAAGUGCUAAUACAAUUUCUACUCUUCUUGAAAAUAGUACUAUUAUUGCAAAUAAUAUUCCUUUAAGAAUUGUUCACCAAACAAGUCAUAAUCAUAAUUCUAAUGGUUCAGAUAAAUUUAAUUAUCAAGAUUCACUAACAAAUAAUAAUAAUAAUAAUGAAUCAAUAAUUGUUAAUGGAAAUGGUAAUCGUUCUCGACGGAAAUUAUCACAUACUGCAAUUGAAAAACGAUAUCGAUCUAGUAUUAAUGAAAAAAUAAAUGAAUUGAAAGAAAUUGUAGCAGCUACUGAUGGCAAGGUAGGGGAAGACAAUAUCCAAAAAUCCGGUAUACUUCGACGUACAAUUGAAUAUAUUCGACAACUUCAAUCAACUAAUCGACAAUUAGAAGAAGAAAAUAGUACCUUGAAAAACAUCUUGAAACAAUUAAAUUUGACAAGCACUGAUCUUCCAAGUAAUAAUGAUGUACAAUCAUCGAAUAGAAAUUCUUCGACAAAAAAUCUAUUAUCAACAUUUAAUACCGAUUCAAAUGAUGAAAUAUAUAAUCCUGUUACAAAACGAAAAAAACAAACGAACAGUAAACGAGGUAUGGUUGAUGGAUCACGAUUAAUUUUAUGUUGUUUUAUGUUAUGUGUAUUUAUAAUAAAUCCAUUUAAUUAUUUACUUGAUCAUAUUCAUUCAUCAAAUAAUGAUGAUACAAUGGAAAUACAAUCAAUUCUUAGUUCAAGAACAUUACAAACAGUAAAAGAUAAUGAAAAUUUUAAUUCAUUAUUAUUUGUGAGUAUAUCAUGGAAACAACUUAUUGCAUGGAUGCUCAAUAUAGCAAUAUGUCUUGUUUGUCUUGUAAAAAUUUUUGUUCAUGGAGAACCGAUCGUACAUGAAUUAGAUAUGGAUGAAUAUUAUACUUAUAAGAAAAAAGCAGAUGCACUUAUGGAUGAAAAUCAAUUAAAUGAAGCAUGUGAAUAUUAUCGAAAAUGUUGUGAAAAACUUUAUAUAUCAAUUGAUCAAACAUAUUUAUAUUAUUUUUCUUCUAUAACAUGGCAAAUAAUUCGUUUUUUUCUUAAUAUUAUAUUUGUUGGUCGUUGGUUAACAUAUUGGUCUGGUUGGACAAAAUCAAUAGAUACACGUUAUUAUAAUUGUGAAUUAAAUGAUUGUUAUUUACAAUUAUGGAAAAUUGAAUAUCAUUAUUCAAAAUCUUUAUUAAAUAUAUUUAAUUUAUUUUUAUUAACAAUAAAUACAUUAAUAAAUUCAGGAAAAAAAUUAAAUAAAAUUAAACGAAAUGAAAUCUAUUUUUUAUCAGCAUUAACAUUAAAAAAAUUUGAUGGAUUAUUUACAAUAUUUAUAUCAUAUUUAUUAAAAUAUCUUAUACCAAUUGAUAUUAAUGAUAUAUGGUUAUUAGAUAUUGAUCGUUUAAAUCAAUUUAUAUAUGAAAAAAAGAUUUAUUUAUUUAAAAAAAAAUUUUUUAUGGAAUCAAUACGUAUUCAAUUUUUUGAAUAUAUUCUUUAUAAUAAUAUACAAAAUCAACUUUUAUUUCAAGAUGAACAACAACAACAACAAUUUAUGAUUAAAAAUAUUAAUGAACUUGAUCUAUUUUCAUGGUGGCAACAUAGUUUACAAAUUAUACGUUGUAUUUCAAAUGAUAAACAAAAUAUAAAUAAUAUAACAUCAACAGAUUUACUUCGACAAAUAAAUUUAUCAAAUAAAACUAUUUAUUAUAUGGCACGAUCAAUAAAACUUGUUAAUGAACAAUAUAUUAUGAUUAUUGAAACAAUUCAUAUUAUACUUCUUAUAUUAACUGAUUAUAAUGAUGAAACAAAUUCAACAAGAAUAUUAUUACUUGAACAAUUAGGACAAUCAAGUCAAUUAUUAACAUCAUCUAAAGUUGAAACAUAUUAUAUUAAUAAUAAUAAUGAAGAUAAUUUGGAUAUGGCAAUCAAAACAUUAUUAUUAGAUGGUAUUUUAUCAUUACGUCUUCGUCUUCUAACAAGUUCAAUGAUAAAUAAUAAUCAAAAAAUUCCAUUUCUUGAUGAUUUUCAACGAGAAUUAGAUUAUUAUAGACGAUUAAAUCAAUUAAUGAAAUUACCAAAACAAAAACUCUAUUUAUUUGAAUCAAUAUUUCGUACAUCAUCUGGUUUAAAUCCAUUAAUAACUCAAACAUUAUUUGAACGUGCAAUGAAACAAUCAAAUUCUAUGAUUCAAACAAAACAAGAAUCAUUACCAAAUCUUGAUAUAAUAGCAGGACUGUUACUUUUUUGUCAUUUUUUACCGUCAACAGUUUAUCGUUAUCGAAAUAUUCUACAACAAGUUGUUGCUAUAUCAUCAAAAACAAAUAAAAAUAAUGAUCUUAAUCGUUUACAACAACAAUGUUUGACAUUAAUACAUCAACCAUAUUUUACUUUGUAA